CGCCGGCUCCUCCUCACUCGCCCGCCCGCGCCCGGCGCAGCUCGGCCACAGCGGUCGCGGGGCUGAGCGCGCGUCCGCCCCGGGGGCUCCGGAGGCUGCCCGGCCCGCGGCCCCCUCCCUCGCUCCCGCCUCCCCUCCCCGGUCCGCCGCCUGCCUCUGGCCCCGGCGCCCGAGCGGUCUGCGCCUCCGCGCCCCCCGCAGCCACGAUGCCGGCGGCCCGGCCGCCCGCCGCGGGACUCGGCGGGCUCUCGCUGCUCCUCGCCCUGCUCCUGGGGAGCCCCGCGGCAGCUCUGGCGGGAGAUGCGCCACCAGAGGUAGAUGCUGGCCUUUCAGGGACUUACCUCCUGCCCUCAGGGUCCCCGGGGAGCAGCAAUCUGAGCCCAGAGAGCCCGGAAGAGAGAGCGACAAUGGCCCCUCCGAACCUAGGGCAGUCAGGGGAAGACCUCCGUGAGCCGGAGCUGGAAGGGACAGCCCCCUCCGCCCGCCAGGACCCUGCUGCCCCAGCCACGUUGCUGCCCGAGGAGGCCAGCCCCAGCCACGGCAGGAAGAAGCCGCCUUCACUCAAGCAGGUGAACUCGGCCAGGAAACAGCUGAGGCCGAGGGCCACCUCUGCAGCAGCCCUCCAGCACACAGGGGCCCAGCCAGCAUCCCCAGGCCUGGGUGUCCUCUCCUCCGCCACAGAGAAGCCCCGCCCACCGGGGGACCCUGACCCCGUGGCCUCCGAGGAGCCCCUCUGGCUGGACCGGAAGGACGGUGUGGUCCCCACGACGCCGGUGCCCCUGCAGAUCUCCCCCUUCACCUCGCAGCCCUAUGUGGCCCACACGCUCCCCCAGAGGCCGGAGCCCGGGGAGCCCACAGGGCCUGGUGAAGCCCAGGAGGCGCCCCCUGAGGACACCAGUCCCAUGAGCUUGAUGGACAGAGGUGAGAAUGAGCUGACCAGCUCAGCCUCCGAGGAGAGUCAGGAGACCACAACAUCCACCAUUAUCACCACCACGGUCAUCACGACGGAGCAGGCCCCAGCUCUCUGCAGUGUGAGCUUCUCUGACCCUGAAGGGUACAUCGACUCCAGUGACUUCCCACCUCUGCCCCUCAGCAACUUCCUGGAGUGCACAUACAACGUGACAGUCUACACUGGCUACGGGGUAGAGCUCCAGGUGAAGAGCGUGAACCUAUCCGAGGGGGAGUUGCUCUCCAUCCGUGGGGUGGACGGCGCCUCCUUGACAGUCCUGGCCAAUCAGACGCUCCUGGUCGAGGGGCAGGUAAUCCGGAGCCCCACCAACACCAUCUCUGUCUACUUCCGGACCUUCCAAGACGACGGCCUUGGGACCUUCCAGCUGCAUUACCAGGCCUUCAUGCUGAGCUGCAACUUCCCCCGCCGGCCUGACUCCGGAGACGUCACAGUGAUGGACCUGCACUCAGGUGGGGUGGCCAACUUCCACUGCCACCUGGGCUAUGAGCUCCAGGGCGCCACGACGCUGACGUGCAUCAAUGCCUCCAAGCCCCACUGGAGCAGCCAGGAGCCCACCUGCUCAGCCCCUUGUGGAGGCGCUGUGCAUAAUGCCACCAUUGGCCGCGUUCUCUCCCCGAGUUACCCUGGAAACACCAACGGCAGCCAGUUCUGUGUGUGGACAAUAGAGGCUCCAGAGGCCCAGAAGCUGCAUCUGCAUUUUGAAAGGCUGUCCCUGCAUGAGAAGGACAGGAUGAUGGUCUACAGCGGGCUGACCAACAGGUCGGCCCUUCUCUAUGACUCCCUGCAAACCGAGAGCGUCCCCUUCGAGGGCCUGCUGAGCGAGGACCACGGCAUCCGCAUCGAGUUCACUUCCGAUCAGGCGCGGCCGGCCUCCGCCUUCAACAUCCGGUUCGAGGCCUUUGAGAAGGGCCACUGCUACGAGCCCUACAUUCAGAACGGGAAUUUCACCACAUCCGACCCGACCUAUAACAUCGGGGCCGUAGUGGAGUUCACCUGCGACCCCGGCCACUCUCUGGAGCAGGGCCCUGCCACCAUCGAGUGCAUCAACGUGCGCGACCCUUACUGGAAUGACACGGAGCCCCUCUGCAGAGCCAUGUGUGGUGGGGAGCUCUCUGCCGUGGCCGGGGUAGUGCUGUCGCCAAACUGGCCGGAGCCCUACGUGGAAGGUGAAGAUUGUAUCUGGAAGAUCCAUGUAGGGGAGGAGAAGAGGAUCUUCUUAGAUAUCCAGUUCCUGAACCUGAGCAGCAGUGACAUCCUGACCGUCUACGAUGGUGACGAGGUCACGCCCCACAUUUUGGGGCAGUACCCUGGGAACAGUGGCCCCCAGAGGCUGUACUCCUCCACGCCGGACCUCACCAUCCAGUUCCGCUCGGAUCCGGCCGGCCUCAUCUUCGGGAAGGGCCAAGGAUUUAUCAUGAACUACAUAGAGGUGUCAAGGAAUGACUCCUGCUCAGAUUUGCCUGAGAUCCAAAACGGCUGGAAAACCACUUCUCAUACGGAGCUCGUGAGGGGAGCCAGAAUCACCUACCAGUGUGACCCUGGCUACGACCUCGUGGGGAGUGACACCCUCACCUGCCAGUGGGACCUCAGCUGGAGCAGCGACCCCCCGUUUUGUGAGAAAAUUAUGUACUGCACCGACCCUGGAGAAGUGGACCACUCGACCCGCUUAAUUUCGGAUCCUGUUCUGCUGGUGGGCACCACCAUCCAAUACACCUGCAACCCUGGCUUUGUGCUGGAGGGGAGCUCUCUUCUGACCUGCUACAGCCGAGAAACCGGCACUCCCAUCUGGACGUCUCGCCUGCCCCACUGCGUUUCGGAGGAGUCCCUGGCCUGCGACAACCCGGGACUGCCGGAAAACGGGUACCAGAUCCUGUACAAGCGGCUCUACCUGCCAGGAGAGUCCCUCACUUUCAUGUGCUACGAAGGCUUCGAGCUCAUGGGCGAAGUGACCAUCCGGUGCAUCCUGGGGCAGCCAUCGCACUGGAACGGGCCGCUGCCCGUCUGUAAAGUUAAUCAGGACAGUUUUGAACACGCUUUAGAAGUAGCAGAAGCGGCAGCCGAGACAUCGCUGGAAGGGGGAAACAUGGCCCUGGCGAUCUUCCUCCCGGUCCUCAUCAUCUCCUUGCUGCUGGGAGGGGCCUACAUUUAUAUCACCAGAUGUCGCUAUUACUCCAACCUCCGCCUGCCCCUGAUGUACGCCCACCCCUACAGCCAGAUCACCGUGGAAACCGAGUUCGACAACCCCAUUUAUGAGACAGGGGAAACCAGAGAGUAUGAAGUUUCCAUCUAAAAAGAGCUACACCUGAGAAGGGAACAGACAGACACGAACUCAACUAGAACCUCCUCGAGAAAUUCUUCCGGAGACCAUGUGGCAUUUGAUUAAAACCCCAGAGUGUCGGCUGUCUUUUCUUUAGACUCUUCAUUGAAGAUUUACUGUUUUCUUCCCUGUAUUUAUUAUAUUUAAAAUUGAAAUAGGUGUGGUUGGAUGGAUUGCAGCUGCAGCCAAGUUCAUGCUACAGCCUCAAUUCUGAAGGCCGGGGGAAGAGCUGCAAAACGGCAAACAGCAGCAGAGGGGAGAACAGCAAAACCAGGCCGUUUCCCCAUCCACAGUGCCAUGCUACGGCUGCAUCAGAUUGCAUGCAUCUUUGGGAUCCAUGUCCAUGGUGUUUUUAGUACAAAUUGAAACCCCAACAUUCGAUUGAAAACAGUAUUUCUUGUUGGAUUAAUUUGGGUUAGAAUUUAGCCUGGAUGCUUAAAUAGGUCUGCUCCAAAACAAAUCUUCUGUUUGCUCUUCUGAAUCCCCAGCUUCUAAAAGGCCUUGCCACAUCCCCUCCCGCCCAUAGUCCUUCUGAAAGUAGCCAAGACAUUAUAGAAACAUUCUCUUUUACUGGCCUCACUGGAUGUUGGCAAAAUAAGAUGUUUUCUUUCUAGAAAGGUGGUAAAUGACAAAGGAAAAUUUUCAGAGAAGAUGAGUGGUCCGAGCAUCCAAAUGAUAAAUUGGGUAAGAGGGAAUGUUGGGUGAUGGAGUCGAGUUAAUAAGAUGUUCUUUUCUUGGAUACUCCUUCAGUGGUGAAAGAACAGGUAAUUUAUGCUCCAAGUGCCAGGAUCCAUCACCUUGUUGAGCAAGGCCACCCUCAAGCUGUGAUAACAGACCCGCAGGCUUCGGAGGUACAGAGAGCUUUGCCCAUAGUGAUAAGGGUUUGUGUGGGUCGGGGUGCCAUGGCCUGAAAUCCAGAGGUGAACUGUUUUUCUCCUGGUGUGCUGGGAUGCCUGAGCCCUCUAAAUAAGGGAGUUCAAGGGCACUGUUUCUCUAAAGGCGUCACCUUCAGAAUAUAUGUGCAAUCAAGUAUCGCAGGGGAAGGGAGAAUCCUGCAAAAAGAAACUGCCCUUCUGUUCUCCAAAGCUCUGCCCAGAUGUUGGGUGGUGGCAUGAUUGCUGACUGUGGAGGUGCAGAGGAACAGGAACAGGGGGCUUAAAACCACAACUGAACCUGCAUAAAACUAUUUGAACAUCAGGAGGAGGGAAGGAGGAAUUGCAAGCCAGAAAGGCAUUCAUAACACCUCAUUAAUGACAAAAGCACUCUCACAGUUUAUCAGGAUCCUUUGGAGCCAACCCAGUGGGACUGGUAGGUUUGUGACCCUCAGGAAGAUGCUUUCCUAAAUACAGGUAGAAAGAGAAGGCCGGGGGUGAGCAUGCAUGAAAGUGAUGGUAUGUACACGUCACUUCCCUGGGACUGUCACCUCCCUGGUGGUGGCUCAGAGAGGCACACAGGCUUAGUGCUUUUAGAUCUCUCUUGGAUAUACCCAACAUGCUCUCUAGAAUUGUUUUAAACAGCUGGUUUUCAAACAAGAAAAGACCAUUCUGGCUGUCAUGCUUUUGGAAGAAUGGCUGGGAAUCCAGAUUGUGUGUAGGGUGCAUCUGGAGCAGAAUAAGCAGGUGGAUUUGACACGGUCAUAGCCUCCCCCAGCCAGGAGCUUGGACCUCAGUCUUGGGGCGGGAGGAUCUGAGGCCCAGAUAUUUUCCUUCUGCCAGAAAAGAAUUCCUGCAUCUGUGCUGCUUAAGGCAUGUGUUCAUGUUGCACAGCAAGAGAUCAUUAAAGGCUGCUUUCUAGCCACCCAAAGCCUACCCCAUUUUAUUAAAGAACCGGAGGAGAAGUGUUCCAGGCCAUUAGUAGGCGAUGCUAUGUUUGGAGAAAGAUCAACAAUGCAAAUAAUGUAAUGGUUUUUUAAAAAGGCAAAAUCCCAUCUUUGCUUUUAUUCCUAUUUGGUGCAUAUUCUAACCCUAACCCUGUGUCAUCUGGAAUGAAGGACUCUAUUAAUGAUAUUUAAUUUUAAAACAUACCAUGGUUAUGUGAAAACUAAACAUCUACCUUUCAUAAAGACUGAAAUAAUACAAAAUCUUUAUUCUAACCCUGUUCCCUAAAACUGGCCAGGCCAUGGCCCAGGAAUUCUUAUUGGCUA